AUACUUAUGCAUGCAAAAAAUUACGUUGCAUCAUCCAUGAAUCUACUCUACUUACUGAUAUGUUUGUAUGUAUGUCUUGGAAACGAUGAAUCAAGUUUCUCUUAUAAAAAUCUAGUUGUUUUUCACAGUUUACAUGCAUCAUGCAUCUCAGUUUUCGCCUUUGAAGAAACGGAUUAUCACAUCGUAAAUACGCCGGCGACAUGGGGGGAGGCAGCGGCGACAUGUAAACGUCUCAACUUUGGCGAUCUCGUCACCAUCGAAUCAAUGGAUGAAUACCUCGACUUGAUCGAUCUCCUUGCAUCGGCUGGCGCAGUGAAGGGCCAAACAUAUUGGACGGAUGGGGCUUAUAGCUCGUCAUCUUGGAAAUGGGCAUCGACCGGGGGGAAGAUGCCACCCGGGUUGGGAAGACGCUGGCUGCGGGGACAUCCUGUCAAUUCAGCCUCUAACAAAGUCCUGCUCUCUUACCAGACGAAAUUCGUGACUUUUCCAGAAACUCAGAAACACAGAUUCAUUUGCAAGAAUCCAAGACCUACCGUGGCCGUCCCGUGUUAAAAGAGAUCCACGAAGUUAUCGGACCGCCCCAUCAAACGCGCGCUGAGCGGGAGCAGAUUGAAAUUAAAUUUCGAAAAAAAUAUUUUUGAAUAGACCAAGUUAUAAGCUUUCCAUUGAUAUAUAUCACUAAUUAUUGAGUCAUGGCUAAGACUAGAAAAACUUGGGUUGAAAGGCAAGAGUUGAAAAAAAGAGUGAUUGUGUUUCGCAAAAAUCGAACAAACUAUGAUUCUAAAAUCACUUGGCACUUUUUCAAGCAAGAAGGUAUUCCUCAUUCAAAUGUCAACUCUUACAUAGAAAAGUACGAGGAAUCCAAUGAACUCAAAUUCAAAGUCCCCACUAGUCGACCUGCAAAGCUAGCGGCGACUAAAGUCAAAAAUCGGAUGAAAAAAUUCUUCAAAAAUCAUGCAUCAACGACAACGGCUGCCACGACAAGGAAGGUCAAGAUUUCAAAAAGCUAUCUGAGCAAAAUCAAAGUCCAUAAACUAGGGAUUAUAGCAAGGACAAAAAAACCAGCAUCAAAUUACAAACCAACACAAAAGGAAAGGAUUCAUGCGUGCUGCAAGAAAUUGUGAGAGAAAAUUUGGGGAAAAGUGGUCAUCGCGGACGAUGAGCCCCACGUCACAGCUAAUCCUUCAAAUCUUCCAGGAAGGCAUUUUUUCCAUAGUUCCAACCCAUAUGAAGACAAAGUCCAAAGUCCAAUAUGAAGACAAAGUCCAAAAGAAAUACCAAUUCCCAAAAAAAUGAAGAAUUUGGCAACGCAUGCCUAGCAUUGGUCAUGUUUCUGAUCCCGUCAUUUUGGAGGGCACUGUAAACCAGGAGGUUUAUCUUAAAUCAUGAAUUGAAGGGGGAUUAGAAUCGUUUAUUACCAAAGAUCAUAAAAAAUAAAGUUUUGUUUUGGCCUGACCUCGCAAGGUCUCAUGACGCCAAAAAGGUCACUCAGAACCAAAAUCUGAAAAAAAUCGAAUUUGUGCCGAAAAAUUAAAACCCACCAAAUUUUCCUCAACGGCGACCAAUUGAGAAAUUCUGGGCGCUAACUAACUCCAAAUAUUCUAAGCUUUCAGAAACGCUGGAUACCUUACGAAAAUUUAAGAACAGAUGGAAGAAAAUGAGCUUGAAAGUAGGUGCAGUCGAUGGUCGGAAUUUGAUGCGAAAUCUGAAGAAGAAAGUGCAAUCUGUAGCACAUACCGGAAUUGAAUCAUUAAAAUUUGAACUGUAUGGCAAUCCAGACCCUUUGGUAGUAAACAUAUGCAAUUUUUUUGAGAUUACAUCAACUGUGUGUAAAGUUCUGAGCAUUUGAUUGCGGCGGUCCGAUAACUUAGUGGAUCUCUUUUACGUGACGAACGAUUUGCUCGUCGUCCUCGACUCAUCAGGCAGCAUUUCGUCGCCUGAAUGCAUUAUCGCCAAAGACUUUUCGCCCGGAUUAGCACUCGCUUAUCGCGACAAUGAAGAUUCCCGGGUAGGAUUUACCAUAUUUUCCAACCAGGUGCAAACUGUGGUACAUCCGGUCAAUACGCUUACCCCGUCCGAGUCGGCGACCGCUGUGCAGGCCGCGAUCCACUUGCAAAGCGGGACUGCGACGGAUCUGGCCAUCGAAAAUGGAGCCAGUCUGCUUGCCAGUAUUGACAGAGGCGUUAUCAAGAAUUUGGUCGUUGUGACGGACGGGAUGUCGAAUAACCGUGCGUCCACGAUUGCCGGAGCAAAUGCAGCCAUUGCGCGUGGAAUUAAAACAUACGCGGUAGGAAUUGGACAUUACGAAGGGGCUGAGCUUGUCGCGAUUGCGGGCGGUGACCGAAGUCGCGUUUUCACGGUGCCCGGGUUUAAUCAAUUCCUCGCCCUCCUGAGACCAGUCUCUCUGAAGAUGUGCGGGCCUUGAGAUCAUGGUCAUGGCUUGAAUAGAUAACUUAAUGGACACAUAUUGAGAAGGUUAAUUUAUUAUUUCUUUCCUAUACAUAUAUUUAUACUUCUGUUAUUUACACUGCAUCUGCCUAGCGUUACUGUUCAAGUUUUCAAUUUCGACUCAGAAAAUGGGACAAUAAAAAUCUGCAUGAACCAUGAGACGAACGAAUAACGUUUCUUACCUUUGACUUCUUUAAGCACAGUUUGUGAAUUUGAUCGUGAUGAAUUGUGUGAUAUACAAAAUCUCCUUGGAAAUCUCCCUGGUCAUUGAUACUAAAUAAAUGAUUUAUUUUA